AUGGGCUUGAAAUACGAAGUCGAGGAGCUUGUCCCGCAGUGGAUGGGGCUGGUUUUCCCGUACAUUAAGAGCGCCCUCCAACUCGAGAAGGCCUUCAAGGCCAUUCCAGCCGGAGCUGAUGCUGCUGCGAGGAUGCCCAAAGACAAGGAGUAUGCGAAGCUCUUUGCGUUGGGGCGAGCCUUGCGUGAGCAUGCGCACGCCAGAGACUCCGUUCCAGAGGCUUCGAAGGCUGAGGAGCUCUUCGCUGUGCGCCUCGAAUGGAUCCCCGAGCUGGAAAUCCAAGAGCUGUACGAAGACUGCUCGAGCCAUGUUCUGGUGGAGGUCACCAAGAAGGUGAAGGGAGCCGGCCAGCGCCUGCUUGAGGAGUCGAAGGGUGCGAUGAGCGGCUACGAGCACGACUGGAAAGCAGGGUUGGCGGAAGCGGACGUGGAGCAAGCCGUUGCGGCGUUCAAGAAGAAGUUGUUCGGAUUGAACGGCGCGCAAAUCACCGAGAAUGCGGACAAGCUUGACGAGGCGCUUGCGCUGGCCGCAAAGAUUGAGAAGGACCUCGUGAGCCUGGACAGCUUGGAGAGAAUGUUCGAGGCGUUGGCAACAGAACGGGAGGACAAGUCCGAGCUCCUGAAGAAAGCCAGUGCCUUGAUCAUCGAGUGUGCCUUGUGUCAGGCCUUGAUCAAAGGGACAGGGGACGCUGCUGCCAUGAGAGGGUUGCGCCAGGCCUGCAGCAAUGUGGGGUAUUGGCGUGGUGUUGAAGAGACCGACAUUCACCAGGCGAUUUACACCGAAGCCC